AUGGAGAAACACACUGAUCUGAGUCUAAAAAAGUUCUUAUGAUCCUCUUUGGCGGGAGGGUGAGCAGGAAUUUCUGUUGAUUUUGUCUUAUUCCCCAUCGAUAGUAUCAAAACAAGAUUACAAGCAAGUACUAAAGCUAAGAACUAUGCUAAAGAAGCGAAUAAGGUUAACAAGUUUAGAGGGUUUGUAAGCUCCAUGCUUGCUUCCUUUCCUUGAGCAGCUAUUUUCUGGGCUUCAUAUGAAUUCUCAAAGCUCUUUAUUUCCAAAAGCGAGUUUGGACAGAGCAUGUCUCUUCCUUUGCAACAUUUCUGAGCUGCCUCAAUAGCUGAAUCAACGCAAGCUUUAGUCCGUAAUCCAUUUGAAGUGAUUAAACAAAACCAGCAGAUUGGGAAAUAUGAAACUAUUAUUCAAGCAGGAAAAGAUAUCUACUCUCAUAAAGGAAUUGGUGGCUUUUAUAGAGGCUACUUCUCUCUCAUCAUGAGGGAGAUCCCAUUCUCAGGAUUACAAUUUCCUCUAUAUGAGUAUCUCAAAAGACUACAGAUAGCUUAUUUGUCAAGAUCAAGGAAUAUCAAGCCAGAAGAAGUAGAGAUGAAAUUUUGGAAUAAUGCCAUCAAUGGAUCCCUUGCUGGAUCUAUAGCAGGAUUUAUCAUCACGCCCAUUGAUGUGAUCAAGACUAGAAGAAUGACAGCAGAUGUUCAGAAAAAGCAAAUUUCUAUCCCCAAAUUAGUCUCUGAAAUAUAUUCAGAAGCUGGCAUGAGAGGCCUCUACAGAGGUGCUAUGAUAAGAGUUCUAUAUCUUUCAUUCGGUGGCUCAGCUUUCUUUGGUAUCUACGAAAAGAUCAAAAAUAGUCUAGAAAGCGCAAUGUAUGACUAA